AUGCCGAGUCGGAGCCACCAGAGUCUGCGCCCCCGGCUCUGCACGCUGGAGAAGGGCGACAACGGGUACGGGUUCCACCUCCACGGAGAGAAGGGGAAGACCGGGCAGUUCAUCCGGUUAGUGGAGCCGGACAGCCCCGCGGAGAGCUCCGGGCUCCGGGCGGGGGACCGGCUCGUGUUCGUGAACACCGAGGACGUGGAGAACGAGAGCCACCAGCAGGUCGUGUCCCGGAUCAGAGCCACCGUGGGCCGGCUGGAGCUGAUCGUGGUGGACCCGGACACGGAGGGGCUGCUGAAGAAACACAACCUGAAGUGUCUGAAGGAGUAUGUGAGCGAAGGAGUCCCCAUACCCUUCGACGAGGAGGAGGAGGAGGAAGAGGAGGUGGAGGAGGAGGAGGAGGGAAAGAGAGAGGAGGUGGAGGAGGAGGAGGAGGUGGAUGUGGAGGUGGACGGAGCAGAGAUAGAAGAAGAACAGAUCGAGAAGAUGGACGAGGUGGAGGGGGAGGAAGAGGAGGAGGAGGAGCAGCAGGAGGAGGAGGAGGAGGAGGAGGAGACACCCAGGGAGCCCACGCCGGUCCCGGAGAGAAACGGAGGGAUCCACGAGCACGUGGAGGAGAAGCUGAGCAUCGAGUCUGAGAAGGUGAGUCCAAAGUUUCACUUCAGGAGAGUUGAUGUGACCUUCACUGAGAACAGGGGGGACAGGAGGGUCUGUGAGGGAGGGACCUGCUGGGGGGUCUGCAGACCUGCACACCUGUAGACCUGCAGACCUGUAGACCUGUAGACCUGUAGACCUGCACACCUGUAGACCUGUAGACCUGCACACCUGUAAACUCUGCAGAGCUGCAGAACAUGUGGGAGGAUCAGCUGAGAGGACAGAGCUGCUGCAGCAGCUGUGGGGUCACAGAUUCACCCACUCAGAGCAGAGAUGAUGAUGAGCUCAGACUUCCUGUCGUUACAACAUGUUAGAAACUCUGAGUCUGAAGUUUAAAAACCGAAACACUGGUGAUGAUAAACGAAGAAAACUGUCUUUUAUUAAAUAAAGUGAAUUAAAAUCUUCAUUACUGACACGAUCAGGAGCUCAGUCAUGAACUCUUCAGAGAAAUGACUUAUUUUAGAAUCAUAGUUAUAUUCCAGUCUAAAUGUUUCUGAUAUUAUCAUUAAUUUAAAUGUGAAAUCUGAUUAAUUUGAGUUUUCAAACAUUAAAUUAAUAAACUCAAAUUAAUCACUAAAAGACUGAUAAUUGAUCAAAGGUUCAUACUUUCAUACAUACAAGAGUUUCAUGUAGUUUUCUAAGAUUUAACGUCAUUUGAAAGAGUCUGAGAUCUGUGACACACUGAAAAGCUGGGCCAACAAACCACGCCCCCUGACACUGAACCACGCCCCCUUACACAGAGCCACGCCCUCUGACACACAAAAAACUGAGAUUCGCCACAUCUGAGGAGCAAACAGAGAGAAAAAAGCUCAAAUUUAACGCAAACGUGUCAAAAAGAGUUAAAUUUACUUUAUUAAAAGAAGAAGGACGAGUUUCUUGAAACGAGUCGUAGAAGCCUCCACAAGCGGACGCGUCUUUGUGUUGCUAUGGUGAUGGAUCUGUCCGUGUUGCGGUGGAAUGAGGAGGGCGUCCCAAACCCGCCCGUCAUGUUUAAACCCUCCCAUUUCAAUAGAGGCGCUCUCCACAGCUGUGAGUGUGACUUCAUCAGGAGUGGGUCGGGGUCGGUUUGGGAUCGGACCUGAGUCUCUGUGACAGUGAAGUGAACCACAACAUGUGGACCUGGGACUGUCCCUCAGACCCGGGUCCUCCACAGAGCUGCUUGGACUGCUGGUCUCUCAUGUAGUUUCCUGCUGGUCUUUGGGGGUCAGACUUCAGCCUCUGGUCUCACAAACGGAGCAGAUCAUGGUCCUGCAGAAACUCCAGAGAAGUAUCAGAGGAAAGUUCUCAGAUCAUCUCGGCUUCAACAACAUGAACUCUCAGAAAUGAGGGUUUGUGUUUUAACUUUAGUCGACAGACAGAAGUCAGUGUGAGAAAUCUGCAGCAAUGACAGAGCGUGGAAAAAAACACAGAGACAGAAACUCUCGAACCCGACCGAGAGAAUCUGCGACACGACGAAAACCUCCACAAGAAACAGCUGCUGAGAGACGGACCUGAACCUCCUGAUCCACAUCUGUGAGACAGAACCAGAACGUGUGUGUGUGUGUGUGUGUGUGUGUGUGUGUCUCAGGAUCAGGGUUUAUUAAAGAGCUCUCCAGGAGCAGAGAGGAGGCUCGGUCCGCUCUGAACAUCUGUGUCCUCCUCUCUGCCUCCUGCAUGUUUACCCCUGAGGCUGUUUCUGUUUCUGUCUGCGUCCAGCUCUGCUCCUCCUCCUCCUCCUCCUCCUCCUCCUCAGUGACUGCAGACAGACACAGACACCAGCUGAAGAUGUUCUUCACUCAUCAGUCGUUCCUCCAAAGAUAAAAACAUUCAUGAUAAAAGAAUCAUCAACGUUCAUCCGGAGACGUCAAAC